GCAGAUGAAGCACUAAAAGGAGAGUCUUCCUCUACAUUGGGAAUGGGACCACCAGCGCCAGUUGGUUUCUUUGACUCCUCAUUGAGAGACAUCAGAAAAAGAGUGUAUUUUCAGUGGGCUCGAACGGUCCUUCUUCUCUGUGUCUUCAUCCUAUCAGUCCUGUCUAUAUUCUGGGGAUCUCAAUACAGAGCCGAAGCCAAUUUGCCGUCGUUGAAAAUAUGGGUUGUCGAUUUCGAUGGAACCAUAGCACCAUUCAUCACUGAUAACGUCAUCGUCGGUCCCGCCGUUACCAACGCAACGCAAAAACUCAUCGAUGCUCCGGGCGACAAGGUUGGCUGGGAGAUUAAAUCCCCCGCUGACUUUGAUCAUGAUCCGUUGGAAGUGCGCCAGCGUAUUUACGACGAAAAAGCCUACGCCGCUAUCAUAGUGAGCGCAAAUGCUACCACCCUUCUCCGCGAGGCCAUCUCCACUGGAAACUCCUCCUACGACCCUGCCGGUGCCAUCGAGGCUAUCAUCAUUUCCGCUCGCGAUGAAACUACAUACUAUAAUUACAUCCUGCCAGGAAUUACCUCGCUUCACAUGACUGUGAUGAACUCAUUUGGUCCCAGCUGGGUCGCCGAGCUAGUCAAGAACUCGACCGAUCUGUCGAACGUACCCCCGCAGGCUAUUAAUCCCGCUAUCGGAAUGAGUACCAUUGACCUGCGCCCAUUCGCUCCGGCCAUCACAGCGCCGGCUGUCACAAUCGGCCUGAUCUACUUGAUCAUCCUAGCUUUCUUCAGCUUCCCCUUCCUCAUGCCCGUUCACGUGCAACUAAUGAAACCAGACGGACAUCCACCGCUCAAGGUCGCGCAGUGGAUUCUCUGGCGCAUCUGCUCCAGUAUCUGCGCAUACUUCUUCAUGUCCCUGUGCUACUCGUUUGUAUCGCUUGCCUUCCAGAUCCCAUUCAACAACCACCCGCAACCGAGUACCGUCGAAGCCAACAACCCUAAUGCCUUUGGCCACGGCUCCUUCGUUGUAUUCUGGAUGCUGAACUGGGUCGGUAUGGCUGCGCUCGGCUUCCCCUGCGAGAACAUGGCCAUGGUACUCGGAAUGCCGUACAGCGCUAUGUUCCUCAUCUUCUGGGUCAUCACCAACGUCGCAACAGGCUUUUACUCGCUAGAUCUUGCUCCGGGAUUCUAUGCUUGGGGCUAUGCCUGGCCAUUGCAUCGUAUCGUCGAGGCUCUUCGCACUAUCCUCUUCGGUACACACUCCCGCAUAGGGCUGGACUUCGGUAUCCUUUUCGCUUGGAUAGCCGUCUCCCUCGCCUUCUACCCCGUCGCCACUUUCAUCAUGCAGUGGAAGAUGAAGCGGGGUAUUUAA